AGUCAUGCUUCGCAUCGCCAGUGCUCUCCCCAACCCUAAUGUCGUCUUCCCAAGGUCUCGACGAUAUGUACUCUGACUCGAUUGGUGACUGAUGAUGCACAUGCAGAUGGUGGCUGCACGGAACCAACGCAGAUGUUCACUCUCCGCAAGACCCGAUCUUCGCGGUCCCGCAAAUUGAUUAUUUCUUGGUGGGACUCCCAUUGAUGCUGUCAGUAUGUGCCGCUGGUCAUUACUGUUGCUGUGCCCUCCAUUGGGACUGACUCGUGCUGGGAAUGUCGUGCUGACAUCGGCGAGCCUUGUCAGCCGUGCAAAGACUGCUGUACUGUGUUCGUGAUUAUUGAUCAAACGCAGCACACCACGCAAGCUUUGUUCGGCCGGCAAUAUGUCAAUGUUACCCCGGUUGCGUCAAGAUCUGCGGGGUCGGUUGUUAUCAUCGAUAACUUCGUCAACAUCUCGUCUGACAACGACGGCUCCCUUGUCGAGAUUUGCAACGCUUCACGCACCACCAGUCUUGAUCAACAGUCAUGUCGCUCCACAACAUCUCCAGCUCAGGUUGGUUCCUCCGAUUGCAUAUAAACCCCAACGCUGCUACCAAUCUACCACAGCAGAGUCCUCUGAGCAGACCUUGAGUGGCCUCUGGAAGCCCACGCAUCUACAGAAGCUAUUCUAUGGCUCGGGCAGCGUGUCCAACCUGGUGGCUUCCUUGAAAAGCGAAUCGUCUAGAGCGCUGAUCCUCACUGGAAACUCCCUUGCAACCAAGACCCCCCUCAUCAAGCAGGUCGAAGAGCUUCUAGGAUCUCGCCAUGCUGCGACCUUCAGCAAAAUUGGACAGCACGCUCCUGUCAAAGAUAUCGACGCGGCUCUGGAAGUAGUCCUCAAAGACGACAAAAUCGAUACCAUCAUAUCCAUCGGAGGCGGGAGCCCAAUCGAUGCUGCUAAAGCCAUAUCAUUUCGGCUUCACGAAAAGCGCGGACUUUUCCUACACCAUGUCACCAUUCCCACAACCCUCAGCGCUGGCGAAUGUACCUUCAUUGCUGGGUACACUGGAGAGGAUGGUGUCAAGACCAGUGUGGUCCACCCCGAGCUGGCGCCUUCCGUCAUAAUCUAUGACAGCCAAUUCGCCCUUCACACGCCCGAAUGGCUGUUCAUGAGCACUGGCUUGCGCAGUCUGGAUCACGCCGUCGAGCUGCAAUACUAUCCAACAGCCACGGAGAUGCCCUGCCGACAAAUGGCUCUUUACGCAGCUGGCGAGCUAUUCAAGUAUCUGCCCAAGUACAAAGAGAACCCUCGUGACGAAGAAGCUAUCACGAAGUUGCUAUUGGCAGCAUUUGCCUCAUUGGGUUUCAUUGGUCUCAAUGUCCGAGGUGGACUGGGCCUUUCACACACUCUCGGAUAUGCCUUGGGUUCGCCGUACCAGAUUCCACACGGGAUCACAUCCUGCAUGACAUUAGGGCAUGUGGUGAAGCUCAAGGCAGAGACUUCGAAAGAAAAUGCGGCGCAGAUAGCAAGAUUGGCGCCAUUCAUUGGCCUCACAAACUCAGGAAACAAGACGGCUGACGCCACGGCCGUGGGCGAUGCGAUCUUGAAGCUCGUGCGAGAUCUGGGGCUCUUCACGACACUGACAGAGAAAGGUGUCGGAAAAGACAAAGUCCAAACUAUUGUAAGAAUGGCGACCGGCCAGGAGAGCGGGCCGCAGUAUGAAAAGGUGAAGGCCUUGGUUGAAGGUCUCUACUGAGAUGUACAGAUUACUUCGAGACAAGACGAGUUGUGCUCAUGACCUUGUAAAGCGACUCAUUAUGAUAACUUGGUUCUGCUUGACUCUGCCUACCAAAUGGUCCUGUCUGCAUGGGCGUGAUCAUAUCUCACCGCCCAGAUUGUGACCCAG